AUGUGCUGGUUGAACAUUGAUGAGCCCCGGCCAUCAAAUGCCACCACCAUCGCCGGCGUCACGUACGACGAUGGCGUCACUCUCGGUUCCAAUGACACAAUCACAAUCACACAACUCACGUCGAAUGUUGUCUUGUGUCAUUGUGCACAAGAAGCAGAAUUUCUAUUACAAGAUGCGCGGAACUUUAUUCUCGAACAAGAAAAUAUUAGGGUCACAGCCGAAACUAUUGGUACAAUGUUGUCCGCAUAUAACAACACCACAAGAGAUAUACUACAAACUGGUGUUAUAAUUGGCGGAGCAAAGAAAAUACAUGAAAUAAGUCUUGGUGGAAUUGUUUUGGAGAAGUCCAAUUUCGGUAUAGGAGGAUAUGGGGCUUCGUAUUUGCAUAAUUUCAUGGAUAAAGAAUGGAAAAAAGGGAUGAAAGUAGAAGAAGCUGAAGAAUUGGUGUUGAAGACACUGUCAUUAAGUUUUGCAUUAAGUGGCAUUCGUAGCUAUGGAAUUCAGACUGCGAAUGUUAACUCGAGAGGUGUCACGAAAUCUUUUCACCCUUAUGACAUACUUCCUAUUAGCCAAGAAGAGUUGGAGUUAAGAGUAUGUGAUUGGAGGGAAGGAGUUGCUUGA